UUAUUUAUUGGUGGUGUUGGGGAAAAUAUUGAUUUAUCUACUUAUUAAUUAGAAAUUUAAAACCAUUCUAAAGAUAGCAAUAAAGCCAUACUUCUGCAUGUCAGCUGGUUUCUGUUUGUCUUGUAGCAGCCGAUAACAAUAGUGUUUCAUUUAUUCUUUAAAUUAAAGUGAAGGCUGAGGCAGGUGUGAAAUGGUAGCCUCAAAACUCAUAUGAAUAAUAUAUAUGAAUGAAAUAAUAUCUCUCAGGUCACAACAAAAGUCUGUCUAUUUCUCUCUCUUCACUCUUCUGACCCAUUCAGCUCGUUGCUCCGGUGGUGUGCCUGCAGGUGCUCCUUGAAACAUUUUUAAAGGAAUAAAAAAGGCCCAAUUUCCCACAGAAACUGGGUUUAAAUAACAACUAUUUAGGACACAAAAAUGCAUGCAGGUUUUUGAGAUUUCUGAGCAACUCCACUACGCAACACACGAGGCGUUUGCGUGGUGGGAAGAAAGGACAGAACUGAUGCUCCAAAACAUGACAUCGUGAGGUGAAAUGAGGAAAGCAGGUUCUGCAGACAUUCAAACAAGGCUCUCUAGCAGGUGUUGUCAAUUUUCUUGUUUUCUCCUGAAGUAACACUAGGGAGGCUGGGAGCAAGGAAAGCAGGAAGGUUUUUACCCUCCCUUUCUGUAAAUGCCAAAUCCAGCUGCAAAUUUAAGUACGGUUGAUUUUAAAAAAUGGUCAAUUACAAUGUUACUUAGAUCCUUAUCCCGGGAACUUUGUGUCAAUAAGGUUUUCAGGGCAACGAAGAGAGAAGGAGCGGCAAUUUUUCUGCUGGAAGGUAAGAUGCAGAGGUAAAACCAUUCCACGCCUGAUGGAUUUUAAAGAUCUGCUUCACACAACUGAGAGUUAAGUAGGCAUCUGCUCUGGGGUUUGCGUUGAAGUACCGUCAGAGAAGGAAGCCGUGCAGGGUUCACGCAUGAAGCUGAUGUGCAUCUCCUGCAUGAAGCGAGAAGAGGUGUCUGCCACCACAGUGGUGAGAUGGUAUUACAAGGCUGAAGGAGGCCAGGAUGUGCCAAUCUACGAGUAUAACAAUGAGAAACGGGAGCUUGACAGUCGUUUCCGUGGUCGGCUGCAGUGGAAUGGGAGUGCAGACAUGCAGGAUGUCUCUAUCUCUGUGCUCAACAUCAAUCUGAAUGAUUCAGGGACUUAUACCUGUAAUGUCACCCGAGAAUUCAACUUUGAGUCCCAUCGGCCGAUGUUUACGAGAACUACACUGAUUCAUCUCACUGUAGUGGAAAAGGCUGGCGAAGACUUCACAUCUGUCAUCUCUGAAAUAAUGAUGUAUAUUCUCUUGGUCUUCCUCACUUUGUGGCUGCUGAUAGAAAUGGUUUACUGCUACAGGAAAGUCUCUAAAGCAGAGGAGGCUGCCCAGGAAAAUGCGACUGACUACCUCGCCAUCCCUUCAGAAAACAAGGAGAACUGUGCUGUGCCUGUGGAGGAGUAGAAGACGGAGUUGCACAAAAGAGACAAACUUGUAAUAAAGGGACUCUACCGAUGCAAGGACUCGGUCACUGAAGCCAGGUUUGUGAGCGCCAAAUACCGAGAGGGGAAACCAGAAGAUGAGACAGUGUGCGUUCGUUUCCAUUUGCCUGGAGCCUUGUACAGCUUUGACUUCAUGACUCCCAUCUCGAGCUCUCAGCCCAUUUGCUAAAGACUCUCCUUUGAGGCAUGUCAAGUCAAAGGGGUAGGCACAGUCACCAUCACCUCCAUAGAUCUGUAAAUACUAACUCAUCUCUCACUAACAUGGAAUUUCCUUUGGGUGCUUUCAGAGAUCACAGCUGCUGUGGGACAAUGCACGUGGCACAUUUCCUUUAUCCAUCACUUUUUUUCGGUGUGAAUUGGAUUAUAAUAUUACCGCCAUGAUGUCGCAGACGGCCAGUAAUAUGGCUGUGUCUGGGCUGCUACUCUUUAGAAUAGACAGCUGGAAUAGGGUGAAAAAUCUAGUUGCCUGUCCUUGGAUUGAGGGAGAUGCUUGAGGCAACAGGGAUAUUUCUGGGGUACUUCUGGAGUACAAUGUAGUGCCAAACAAUAUUAUAAGUACAGGCUGGUGUCUGUGGUAAGAGUGACAUCAGAAAGCAUCCUCAGGUUGCAUAAUAUGCUAAUUCCACAUUGCAAUACUCCAUGCCCCUUCACAGUGCUUAUACCGUGUGAACAGGACAAGAGUCAAUUAGCUUAGCUGGGUUGUCAGAGAUGUACUGAACUCAAAGAGCAAAUGUUUAAAAUCAUGCCAGCAGGCAACAAAAGCUAAUCACUUUCCCAGACAUCUGCUUCUGAUGCAUGUCAGCUUUCUCCAUAGCGUCUGGCAGGUUCAUAGAAGCGUCCAGGGCUUAAGACCACUCACCUUCUUAAGUGUAGACUUUGAGGCAGGGCAGGUGUCCUUCACUGUAUUUCAAAGGUCAAACUAAUAUGGACAGUUCUAACUUGGCAGAAUUGUAGGUAAGUGAAGAAAAAUAAGAGUAAUUUCAGUAGCUGUAUUUCACUGUAGAAAAUGGGAAUUUGCAGCUACUCAUCUCACAGAGCUGUUCUGCUAUCAGAGAAAACAAGCCUUCCAGCCACUAUGGAACCCCUCCUCUGUCUCCCCAUCCCGUCUAGUUUGUUAUAUGGCUAAAAUUCAGACCCAGUGCGGGCUUCUGUAAUAGUAGAAAAGUGUUAAGAAAGUUCAAAGACAGUUCAAGAGCAAUAGAAUUACUCUUACACAAAUGAAUCUAAACUGCUGAUUGUAACUGACAUAUCACAUGUUUGAUAGGUGCAGACAGCAAUGAUUACUCCUGAGUAAUCAUUUCUCCUAAAUAUAAAUAAAUAAAGGGCUGUGCUAUAGUUAAAGGCCGGAGUCCAAAACGAAGCUUAGUUUCAGAUGAAACAAAUCAGGGUUUGUCAUCACAGGAAUGAGCAGCAGCAAAGCUCCCUCCCUCCCUCCCCUUUUUGUGCAUGAGGAGAGAGAAACUUGCAUUUCUGCUUUGCAGAAACCAAAGUGUGCCCUCUAUCAUCCUGCACCAUGCUUUUAUCCUGGGGUGGACUCCAGUCUGAAUAAACUGUAUUUUGGAUCCAGGGCUACUCAUGAAUAGUGCAGACCAAUUGAAAACAAUAGCACAAGUCACAUGAUCCUGUUGACUGCAAUGAGAUUAUCGUACUAUGUGUGACUGGACUCUGGAGCUAUCCUGCAGUUUGUCGAGCAUGGGCCAAACUGGCCAAUUGCCGUUUCUCACUGAAUAGAAGCAAUUGACUGUUAUUAAUAAUUUGCUGUCAAGUUGAUUCCAGGGUUAUUUUACAUUUAGGGUACGAAGAACUUGUUUACCAUUACCUUGUUCUGUGUUUCUCUGAGAUUGAACUGCUUGCCCAGCUGGCUCUUCUCAAUGGGGGCUCAAACGUCUAACCUCUGGCUCUGUGGCAAAGUACACAACUCACUGAGCUUCCCAGCCACCUAGUUGCCUGUUAGGUAACAUCUCCAGUUAUCACAGGUGGUGCGAGAGCCUACACUGCACAUUUUAUGGCCCUCUUAUUGUUUUGUCACAGAAGAAAUGCCAAAAGGUAGUGUAAUUUCACAUGAUAGUGGGUAAUAAAAAGCAAUUGAAGGAAAAUUUGUUAGGGAAGACCAUGGAACACCCCUUUCCAUAAUGGUAAACCACUCAGAAUUACUUUUAGAAGAUGUUUUGUAUAUCAUUUGUAGAAAUGUUUUAUACGAGAGAUUACAAAGACCACAGCUCUCCAGAUACUGAUUGGCUGAUACUGAUUCCUAGUCAAGAAGAAAGGUAAGCAUGGAGCCCCUUGGAUGGCAUGCUACUAAAGCAAGUAGUAAUGAUAGAAUGAUAAGGACUUAAAAGUGAUUUUUUUAAAAAAAAAUGUGUGUGACUAUUUAACAAAGCCCUGACUGAGCUUUGCUCACAUCUCCGGUAGGCAGAAAGCUUUGGUUGAAAUUAGUCUGAAGCAAAUCAAGACAGUGAUACUGGGGAAUAUUUCCUUGUAGCACGGCAUUGCCAUUGUCAUAAUUCCUAUGCUCUUGACUAAUUUGCAACCACUAGAAGUGCUUUUUGGCUGCAAAAAGGAGAAAACCACUCCGACUCAUGUGGGCCGACAGCUGCACAGGGAAUGCCACUGCUUCCAUGCAGUUUACAGAGCUCAUGUCCAGCUGCCAGUGCUCUUUGGUGCAUCCUUUCCAAAUAAAAACCAGGAAUAAUAUUUAGCACACACUUAAGUGUUCAGAGUAUUUCAUGCAUUAAGUCAGUGCUUCUUGGAGCAGAGGUGGAGAAUGUGAGGCUCUUUUGGAUGUUGUUACAGUGGAACUUCCAUCAUCCCUAGCCAACUGGGAAGGACUUUGAAAAAUGCUCUCUCAAAUUAUCUGGAGGACCCUGGCCUUAGAGCAAUCAUGUAAGAUAGGCUUUUGCUGUUAUUCCUGGGGCUGUCCCUAAUGUAUUAUUUAACAAAAUUUCAGUUAAAGUUUCGUGUUCCAUCCUCACUUUCCUUAAUAUAUCAGGUUAGGCAAAUGUAUUAACAUUCUGACCAGAAGCUGCAUCUAUCACCACAGGUAAGAUGAGUUAGGAUCUAGCUUUCAUGGUUCAAUAAAAACAAUGAUACAGAUAAGCCCCCUAUUGUUGUUGUCUUUUUCCUUCACCUUAACUGCUUCCACAAGAGUUAUAAAGGAAGCUUCCUUGUGUCUGUCUUUUAACCAAGUAGUUAGUGUAGGAUUUCUGUCUCGCUGGGCUGGGUGCCUUAUGCAGAUACGCAGCGUAAACCUUGUAUAAUGUCUUGUAUCUCAAAAGGCAGAUUGUGUCUUUUGUCUGUAUUAACUGGAAAAGGCACAGGAGACACAGAAAGAGACACUGAAAUAAAAAAAAACACCACACAGAA